CCUGCACAAAUGAUUAAUUCCUUCAAAAACUUGUUGAAUUUCUGCAAGAAAUCACACUAUAAUUGGAAUGAGGCAUCUGGGUUUUUCUCAUUUUCAACAAAGACCUCAGUUUCCCCCUCCCCAAACACUUUGUUCAAGAGAAUUUUACCAGCUGGAGACCCUCAGGUUUCCAUUGUCCCAAUUCUUGAUCAAUGGGUUCGGGAAGGCCGACCCGUUCAUCAAUCCGAGCUCAAAACCAUCUUCAAAAUCCUGAGGAAAAACAGACGCUACACUCAUGCUCUUCAGGCCUGUCUAUUAGCCUCUAAUUGGAGCCCCAUGAGUGCUGAAACUUUUGGCUCCAUUGCUCAUUUCUCAUUUUUCUUUCAGUUGUCCAAGUGGAUGGUUGACAGUUCUAACCUAUCACCUGAAGAUGUUGCAGUGAGACUGGAUUUAAUAUCUAAAGUACAUGGAUUACAAGAGGCAGAGAACUACUUCUGUAAUGUCCCGGAUAGUCUGAAAACUUUUAAGGUCUAUGGUUCUCUAUUAAAUUGCUAUGCCAAGAAGAAAUUAGUGGAACAGGCUGAGGCAAUCAUGCGUGUAAUGGGAAGAUUUGGUUGUAAUAUGAAGUUAUCCUACUGUAUUAUGCUGAACCUCUACUCUAAGCUGGGAAAGCGUGAGAAAUUUGAGAAGCUUGUUCGUCAGAUGGAACAGGAAGGCAUAACUUUUGAUAAACCCGCAUACUGCAUCUUGUUGAAUGCUUAUGCUCUAAAUUCUGAUAUAGAGGCCAUGGAGAAGCUCUUGAAGAAAAUGGAAGAUGACCUUCUAGUUAAUGUGAAUUGGAAUGCUUGUGUAACAGCAGCAAAGGGAUACUUAGGAGCUAACCUCCAAGAUAAAGCUUCUGACAUGCUGAAGAAGGCAGAGAAACUUAUCAGAGGUAGCAAUAGAGGACUUGCCUACCAAAUUCUCCUUAGUAUGUAUGCCAGUUUGGGUGACAAAGAUGAAGUCACACGAAUCUGGCAUCUUUACAAGAAGAGAGGAAAUAUGACCAACAAUGGGUACUUUCACAUGAUAAGCUCUUUAAUCUGGUUGGAUGACAUUGAUGAAGCUGAAAAGAUUUUUCAGGAAUGGGAAUCUGUGAACACUUCUUAUGACUUCCGAAUUCCAAACACAUUGAUAAAUGCUUAUACUAAAAAGGGCUUGCUGCAAAGGGCUGAAGAAUUUAUAAACAGAGCUAUAAACUGUGGCAGAAAGAUUCCUGCAAGCACAUGGGAUUAUCUAGCAACUGGAUACUACAAAGAUAAUCAGAUGGAGAAGGCAGUCGAUGCAAUGAAAAAUGCCAUCUUUUCUUGGAAAGGUACUUCUUGGACUUUAAACCGCACUACGUUGACAGCGUGUCUGGAAUACUUGAAAGAAAAGGGAGAUGCAGAAAAGGAAAAGUUUGACAGGUUACUUGCAGAUCAGGGUAUUGUUUUAGAACAAGUUUCCCGUCUACACGAGAGUCGAAGUCCUAGAACUGGUAUCUUUUUUGAACUGGAUGAGAAUGAUGAAGAAAUGGAUUCAUCGUUUUCGGGAUCAGACUAGUGCAAGUGACGACUGAUGAGUGAUGCUCCUGGGACUGAGCUGCUCUAACUGUUUCAAGUACAUACUUGACUACCAUUUUAAUGGAAUGCGGGUGCUCCAGAAGCAACCUCUUAUGGCAGCUCUUGAAAGGAAAUCAGCUUCGAAGCAAAGCGAGAAUUAAAAAGUAAAGUAAUAUAAAAGAAUUCUUGAAACCUCACCACAGAAGAAGAUAUGAUCCCAGAUUUUGCUAGCAUUGGGGUACAGUUUAGUAGUUUGAUGCUUGCACUGCAGAGAAUGGAAAAUGACGCCCUGGCUACUUCUUCCCUGAGGAUUACAAAACUUUUCCAUUUUAUACCGGUUUCUAGCUGCUUCUCUGGGUUGAUUGACCUGACUUUUUCUUCUUGUUGCUGGAUUGGGUUUAACAUAGGCGAGAUAUAUAUGAAGCAUAUUGUUCAAGUACAGCUAUUGUUCGAAUUCGCAUUGCCAUGCAAUUGACCAUUUUGUAACAAAGUAAACAUCAUUGAGUUGACAAGUGACUUCCAAUAAUGAUUAAUUGAGAAUUUUCUGCUGG